UGUGACCGGUUUCGAAGCAUUUCCUCUUCCGCUGCCGAAUGCAGCAGUUGGUCUACAGUUAUUGUCUGAUUCCAUUGGCAGUUAUAUUCUAUGGCCGCGUGCAUUGGUGCGGUUAGCAUAUCAGGGUUCGGGGAAGGCCGACAGGAAGGGAAAGAAGGUAGCUUCACCUCAGGGAGGCCGACGUGCCCAAGUGGGAACGAAUUCUUCAGCAAAGUAUCCACUCAUUACGGAUAUGGAGGUGGUGCAACGCCUUACUAAACCGUGCUUCUGGCUACAUGAGUGCAUUAGUGAUGCAGCUGAUGGAGCAAUGAUUGAGAUUAAGUUGUCGCACCACCAAUUCCACUACAUUGAUGAGGAUACAUCGACCUACAUUUGUAAGGAUGAUAUUAAAGAAUUCUUACUUGGGGAAGAGUUGAAUGUUUCCAUGAUACAAACAUUCAUGAGGCUAUUAUACAAUGAUGUGAGGCGAUCUAGUCAGCCAAUCUUUGGUUGGUUAUGUCCAAGCUUUGUACGAGAUGACAGUUGCUUACAAAACGAAAAAGAGGUGAAAGUAUAUCUCAAGGAUUCUUUGAACGCAUGUUCUCGUCUUGGAUAUAAGAUCGUUCUUCUUCCUUACAUUGAAUCGCACCAUUGGACACUCAUUGCAAUAUGUGUGUCAAGUAACGAAGUCUACCACUUUGAUUCUUUGCGUAAAGGAACAAUACGGUCCUUACUAGUCAAAUCAUUGUUAAAUAGUGUGAUAAAGAAGAUUACUUCAUCUGGACUUCGACAAGGAAAAGCUCCUGUUUGGUAUUUAGUCGAGUACAGGUAA